AUGCUGCACGGAAGUGGCUGCGCUGUGAGUCAGGGGCAGCACGACAGCACCGUGAUCCAGCUCAGCGGCAAGGCUGGUGAUUGCAACUCCCCGCAUCUACCCCUGUCCCCACACAGCAACCACCCGAAGGACAGGGAGAGUGCGGCAACUGAGCCCAGUGAGCCCAGUGCAGAAAAAGAAGCCGAGCUUCCAGAAAAAGAAGCCGAGCUCCAGGAGGUGAAGGAGGAGCCAUCGGUCCCAGCCGAAGAAGCUUCAAAAGUGGAGCCCCCAGCCAUGGUCGACACAGCGGCCGACACAGCGGCCGACACAGCGGCCGACAAACCGGCCGACACAGUGGCCGACGCGGCCGACAACACGUCGGCCUCGGCAGCGCAGGCGGCGCCCGAUUCAAUACCAGCAUCAGUGCCGGCCCCAUGGAUAUCGACGAAUAUGGAGAGCUUGCAAUUGAUUCCGCCGCUGUCGGGACUUUUCUGCUUUGCCAUGGCUGUAAGACUCGUGGAUGCCGUGGCUGUCCUCCUUUUCUGCUUUGCAUAUGGCUCCAGUGACGUCGACGUCGUCAGCAACCGUGAAGAAGACGGAGGCCCAGCGCCAAUCAAUGCCAGUCACAUGUUCCUAGACUGCUCAUCUGAUUUUGCGCGUACAGGUGCAGCUACUUUCUCGCAUGACACAGCUGAGCCUCUGCCAGGUACAUUGAUCACAGGCGAGGUGGACCGCCUGGAAGGUCGACGCUCGGUCCUGGGGUGCCCCGGCACCGAGAAUUUCGAGUGGCCUAUGUACAUCGGCUACCGCACGGGUGACACUGGGAACCUGACCAGAAAGGAGGCUUCCGAGCCUGAUGCGGCCUAUGCGGACCCGGCAGAUAAAAAGUACAGCCACGAGGCAAUGGAUGCUCGGGCCCAAACUCCCCACAAUGCAUGA